UGCCCGCGCGCCGUAAUUUAUGUGCUGAGGUCGAGGAGAGUCCGGAGCUCGCGAGGAUACCAGUGACUGAAGCUAACGGUCCCGUUAUCAAGGGUUUCACCCACAACUUUGUACGGACGCAGUUUUGAAUGAAACUAAUACACAGUGUUGUGAAGAUUCACACUUGUUUACAACAGGACGAGACUCUUGCCGUCAAUCUGCACACUGUUGCUUCUGUUUAAGGGUGUAGCACUGAGUGCUGCAGUGAAGAUCACCACACCUCCCACAACCCAGAAUACUGAGUAUAGCGGUGUGAAAUUCCACAACCAAAUCCCAGAGAGCAGUUAACAAGGCCGAGAGACGGCAUUUGCUUUUUCUGUCUGAUGCAAGAUGACAACAAAAAGCCAACGCCCUUGUAACGUUUUCCCAGAACUAAUAUUUUUUUUAAACUAUUUUCUAAUCUCUUCUUACGUCUUUUGAAUACAAUGCUAAUGCAUUUCCCCUCAACUUUGGAAAGAUGAACUUAGGAUUGUUGAACGGAGGGACGAUUUAGAGUUCAAGCGAUAUUGAUUUCCUCCACCAUGUCAUGGAAAAGAAACUACUUUGCAUCUGGCAGCAGUGGCUUACAGGGUAUAUUCACCCCACGAACCAUGACAUCAAUCGCCCCCAGCAAAGGACUCAUCAAUGAGCCGGGACAGAACAGCUGCUUCCUGAACAGCGCUCUCCAGGUUCUCUGGCAUCUGGAUAUCUUCCGGCGAAGUUUCCGGCAGCUCACCACACACAAGUGUAUGGAGGACUCGUGCAUCUUCUGCGCUCUGAAGAGCAUCUUUGUGCAGUUUCAGUUCAGCAGUGAGAAGGUGCUGCCCUCUGAUGCUCUCCGCUGCGCUCUUGCCAAAACCUUCCAGGAUGAGCAGCGAUUCCAGCUGGGCAUUAUGGACGAUGCAGCUGAGUGCUUCGUAAGGGCUCUUGACUCUUCACCAUCGCCCUUUAGCUUUCCUCCCCUAUAUUUUUAUCUCUUGUCUCUUGGCAGGAUGCUUGAGAGUACAGAAAAUUGUAUUGCUUGUGCUAUCUUAAUGUGUGACAUGUGUUGGUUAUGCUACAGUAACCAGGCAGUGCGGAUGCUGGAAUGCCGGGAGAAGCCCACCCCAGACAUGUUCGGAGAGCUGCUGAGGAACGCCAGCACUGUGGGAGACCUGCGCAACUGCCCGGGCAACUGUGGAGAGAAGCUCCGUAUUCGACGUGUCCUGAUGAACUCCCCAGAGAUCAUAACCAUUGGCCUGGUGUGGGACUCAGACCACUCUGACCUAGCAGAAGACGUCAUUCAUAGCCUGGGCACCGUCCUGCGGCUCGGAGAUCUGUUCUACCGAGUGACAGAGGACAAGGCCAAACAGGCGGAGCUCUACCUUGUGGGCGUGGUCUGUUACUAUGGCAAACACUACUCUACUUUCUUCUUCCAAACCAAAAUCCGCAAGUGGAUUUACUUCGAUGACGCUCAUGUGAAAGAGAUUGGGCCCAAGUGGAAGGAUGUGGUGUCCCGCUGUAUAAAGGGGCAUUCCCAGCCGCUGUUGCUGCUCUAUGCUGACCCCCGGGGGACGCCAGUGUCAGCUCAGGAUUUGGCUUCUCGUCUAGACCUACAUCACUACACUAAAGCAUACUACGACAGUGAGGAUUCAGCCUCAGUGAUAAGCAUCAGAGGCUUUGAGAGGUGUGUGUUGGAGGCAGAGUCUCUGUUAGACCAGUCUCUGAGGUUGGAACAGGCAGGAGAGGUGGCCGCCGCUCUGUCUGUGGUUAACGAAGCAAUGUCUAAACUCAGGCAUACCUUGCAUGAGAGCAGCGCUAACGCUCAGGGCAGGAUGCAAAAGUGCAUGAGGAGAGCACGAGGUCUGCAGCAGCGCAUGCAGCAGCAGCAGCAGCAGAAGCAACAGGAGGAAGAGAAGGAACAGAAACAGCCCCUCAGUGAGCAGUCUGUCCCGGUCCAAAUACUUCUGACAAAUGUUAAAGAAGAGGAUGAGAAGGCAGUUUCAGAAAAUGCAUUAAGACCACCAUCACCUCUCCACAUGAAACCUCAGUCUACAAAUAAACCGAUUUCUGAAGCCCCCGGCCCUCCUGUCUCCUCCUACCAUACCGAUACACAUUGCCAGCAGCAAGACAAUGCAGGGGACAACUCCAGUCCUCUUGCUGUGACAGAGAAUGGGCCACACUCACACACGUGGGGCCCCAGAGACCCUGUAACCACCACAAACUCUCUUGUACAAACUUCUAGUAUGCUCCGUUCUGUCACUGUGCCUGUGAUCGCACUGAAUGGCUGUGAGGCUCCUCUUAAGUCGUCGGCUCCUCUCAAUACGCCCUCUAGUUCAUCUCAUUUCAGUGCCCGUCAAACACCUUCCAUUUCUGAUCAAUCCAACUCAGGGGAAGGACUGCAAAACCCGCCUCGUCCUCUGUCUCUCCACGGCCUAACCCACACACCCCACAGCCAUGCUUCUGAUGCCUGUCAAAAAUCACUCCUGGCACCCUCGUGUAAUUGGUCCUGUCGCAGUCUGGAACGUCCUGAUGGCCGUCCUACUGAGAUGGAGGCCUCCCCAUACUCUCCAGCAGUCCUCCGCUCCCCCUCGUCCCCCUGUCCUCCGUCCCGGUCUUCACCAGAACGGGAUCAGCGUCCAGCCGGCCCUAUGCCCGUGGAGCGGUGGGCCGAGAAUGUCAAUCGAUACUACAACUCCCAGAAUUGUGCACGUUCGGGACGUGGCUCACCCUGUGAGGAGCUGUCAGAGCUGGACUCACUUUAUCAGGCCAGCUUGAAGGCUCCCAGCAUGCCCCGAGCCCCACAGGGACCCAGCCCUCAGCUAGCCAACAGAUCAGGUCCCGCUGCUUCUCGUAAGCACAACGCUGGAUACUCUGCCACACUUGGUCGUUCUAAAACCCCUACAGCAGAGAUCGAGAGGAGUGCCUACAGGACGCCAGCAUACAGCACUAAAUCACUUCAGAGGCCUGUGUCUGCUGCGGCCUAUGAUGCACCACUGGGUGAGGAUGAAUCAUACAGUGCCGAGAACCUGCGACGAAUUGCUCGGAGUCUGAGUGGGACUGUCAUUGGAGGACAGACUGAUGUACCCCCGUCUCGCAGCUUUGACCCCCAUGUCUCCAGGAUGUCCACGCAUGUGAAUGUGCAACUCCCCACACGUCGUUCCAGCACCUCCCUGCAUGUUUUAACCCCUACUUCCCACAAUCCUCCUAUGUUCCCUCAUGAACCGCAGCCCCAAUACCCUCACCCAAGCCACCGCCACCACCCCGCCCUUCCAUCACACCUGCACCAGCAGACACUGAGGCUCUCUCAUGGACAAAAAGGAGAUUGCCAAAAGGCCAACAAGUUUUUGGCUGUGCUUGACAGGGGUGAAACUUUCUCCCGUGAAAACUACCACAAUGUCGCAAUGAGCUACGGCACCCUUCCAAGGGCCCACCGUAGGUCAGUUUCAUCUGGGCCCCCUGUGCACCAAGCAAGGCCGGGACCCCCAGCGGGCCCAGGCCCCCGGAACCACCCAGACGCAGCCUACGCCACACUAUCCCACCCUCACCGCACUACAGCAUCAAAUAGGACAAUGGAUGGCUUUUACAGACAGCCCCACCAACAAUCUGCUUCAACCACCCCAAUCCUGCAUCACUCCAGCCAUCAUCACCCUCACCUUGAGCCGCCGACCCAACCCCUCCGCCUUGAUGUGCCCCCCGACAGGGACUGGAGGGCUGCUAGGGACACUCAUGUCUUCCCCAGGACAGAACCACGUGGUGGGACAUCCCGUGGCCCUCCUGUUUAUAUCUGCGGGUUGUGCAAGCAGAACCCAGCUGAGCCCACUAGAAGCUACUGCCAGACCUGCAGAGCCCAUAUGAACCACUACAGAAUGACCAGCUGAGUCAUGCAGGAAACGCAUCCUUCAACGCACUCAUUCUUAGCUGCUUUGGCUAAAGUGAAAGACAAUGAUGUUUGGCUCAUAUGUGAAUGUGGAGUGGUCAUUUUCCAAAAGCAUAUUUUAAACGCAGCUGCUGCAUUUAAACGCUAAAAGGAGGAUGUCCACUCCCUGCGCUUUUAAACAUUUCCACUGCAAAUUCAGUUCCACAGAGUUAGGUUCACUUUAAUUGGCCACCAUCUCAGCACAAAGCUGUGAAGAACAGAGCACUUUGCUGCGUGGGCCGCUGCAUCUUAACUGAUGCAAACACAAAAUGCCAAGACUGACAAACCUUGCCUGCUGAUAUACAGUGUCUGCUCCGUAUAUGCACAAAUAUGCUUUAGUUUCCAAUUAGCCUUCCAAGCUAACCUUACUUAGUUCUGUGAUAGUAAUUUAACUGUUAACUCAAGUUUAGUGCACUUCAGAAGUGUUAAGUUAGAAGCGUUCCUCUGUUGUAACUUCUCCCAUUUUUAUGGGAAAACAAUGUUUAUGUGUAACUACUUCAUUUAGAGGGCUGUAACGUCAGUGUGUGCAAGUAAUCAGAGGUACAUCAGGUACCAACAGUCAACUUUCAACAACCUCAUUGGCAUUUGUGUCGAUAUUUUUGUGUACAGUAUUGUUCUGCCUGAUAGUAGCACCGACACCUGUUGUGAUCUUUUUAUUUUAAAUAUUUUGUAGUAGCAACAGUUGAACUUUUUGGUUUCUACAGUAUAUCUUACAUUAACUGUUAAGUGCAAAACUUUUUCAGGCUGUUUUAAGACUUAAGAGAUCGAAAACAGAAGGACAGAACAUUCUGCAGUGCCUUGGUUUGUGAAAGGCAAAGUAACUGGGUGCCAGUGUCCAUUUUAUACAUUUUCAGUCACAUAAUAAUGCUUAUUAUAAUAGUGCUAAAUUCAAGAAUUGCCGUUUUCAGUUGAGAUCAUUUUAGUUUUUCCCCCACUGGAGAAUGAAUGCUUUUUAUAUUCUUUUUAUUUAAUUUCUUGAAUGCUGUUGAGGAGGAACUUGUGGCUUGAGAUGGUUAAUUAGUUUAAGUCUUAAACAUUGAAAGUGUUGAGAGUGUCUGUCGGCUAUUAGCUGAGUUUGAUGGUGCAAUGUGCCAUUUCAUGGAAAUGAAAGUGUUACCUGCUCAUCCUAGUGAACACAAGAGUAGUUAAUAUUGAAACAGGGCCAAACAUUUUUUUUCAUACAUUUUAGAGCAUGUCAAAUACCUCAACCAAUCACAUGCUCUCUUAUUUUUAUUUCACCAGAACAGUUUUGCAUGUAUUAUGGUUUCGUAAAUCAGGACCUAACGGUGAAUCGGAGUGCCUCUGUGUUGAAUUCCCACUGGGCGAAUUAUCUGAAGCUUUUUUUGUUUGGCUAAUAUGCAGUGUAACACUGCCCUGGCGUAAUUAUUGUCAGAACAGGGAUCUGUGACUGAUUUACCCUUCCUUCCUUUUUUUUCUGAGUUAAAAUACAAACAGAUAUGGCAAAAAAGCAAGGCUGUAUAUAUAAGUGUGUACAGAUAUUCAGUCUUUGACCUUAAGUACAGACGGAUUCGGAUUUAUUGUAAAUGCUGUGCUAGAAAUCAAACUUGUAUUUUUGCAAUAAAGUUAUAUUGAGCUCCAGUCAGGAGCAGAACGCUG